CCACCACUGUUGACAGCCAGCAGAGCAGAGCCUGGGCUGGGAAGUGCUGCCCUCUGUAUCGAUUAACUUAUCAUGCUUCUGGAGGCCCCCUCCUCCUGAAAGGACUUUAGUCUUUGAUGCUGUCAGAUGAGCUGAGUGCGAUAAGAGCUUGGCAGCCUGGGAAGGAAGGGAGAGAACACGCACCACACCAGGGCCUCCUGCUGCCCAGUCAAGACUCACAUCAUGGAGCCAAGGGCAGCCCAACUGCGGAAGAGAGAAGGGCUGAGAGGAGAGCAGAACCCGUUCCCCAGAGAAGAUGAAGUGUCAUCUGGGAGUGCAGAAAGCCCAGGAAACACCGAGGUGCCCAGAAGCCCGGAUUUGGUGCAAUGGACCCGACACAUGGAGGCUGUGAAGACACAGCUGCUGGCGCAAGCCCAGGGACAGCUGCUGGAACUGUUGGAUCGGGCCAUAUGGGAGGCCAUGCAGUCCCACCCACCACCAGGUGGACCUCCACUCUCUACUCCUCCAGAUUCCUUGAGCAAGACCUGGAAGCCAUCUCUGGGGAAAUGGAAAGUUUUCAUCAACAGGAAGUCCCUGCUUGAUGAGCUGAUGGAGGUGCAGCAUUUCCGCACCAUCUACCACAUGUUCAUCGCCGGCCUGUGUGUCUUCAUCAUCAGCACCCUGGCCAUUGACUUCAUUGAUGAGGGCAGGCUGAUGCUGGAGUUUGACCUACUGAUCUUCAGCUUCGGACAGCUGCCCCUGGCGCUGGUGACCUGGGUCCCCAUGUUCCUGUCCACUCUGCUGGCGCCCUACCAGGCCCUGCGGCUGUGGGCGAGGCCCCGAGCCUCAGCGGCCUGGAUGCUCGGGGUGGGCCUUGGCUGCGCGCUGCUGGCCGCCCACACUGCUGUGCUCGGCCUCCUCCCGUUGCACGUAGCUGUGGAGUAUCAGCUCCCGCCAGCCUCGCGCUGCAUCCUGGUCUUUGAGCAGGUCAGGCUCCUGAUGAAAAGCUACUCCUUCCUGAGAGAGUCUGUGACUGGGACCCUUCGUGCCACAGGAGGUGAGUGCAUCCGGGCUCCCAGCUUCUCCAGCUACCUCUAUUUCCUCUUCUGCCCCACACUCAUCUAUAGGGAGACUUACCCCAGGACACCCAACGUCAGGUGGAAUUAUGUGGCCAAGAACUUUGCCCAGGCCCUUGGCUGCGUACUGUAUGCCUGUUUCAUCCUGGGUCGCCUCUGUGUUCCUGUAUUUGCCAACAUGAGCCGGGAGCCCUUCAGCACCCGGGCCCUGAUGCUCUCCAUCAUGCAUGCCACGCUGCCAGGUAUGCCCACCAAGGCUGCACCCUGGAGGAGGCUUAGCAGGGGAUUCCUCCCUCCCCUCAUUCUUUACCUUCAGUCAGUUGCAACACCUUGUCUCUGUGGAUCAUCCCUAACACCUGUCCCUGCCUCUCAUCACUCAUACUCAAGUUCCCAGUUCAGAUUGCCAUCCAACACCCCCUCUCCACAUUAG